UCAGGGAGCUUUUCCUCCUGGUGCUCACGGAAUUUCUCUUCCAGGUGAAAAAUGCAACCAACCAAAUCGUGAUGAACUGCGCCGACAUCGACAUCAUCACGGCUUCCUACGCGCCGGAAGGGGACGAAGAGGUUCACGCCACGGGGUUCAACUACCAAAACGAGGAUGAAAAGGUUACUCUCUCCUUUCCCAGUACCCUGCAGAAAGGGACAGGGACACUAAAGAUAGACUUUGUAGGGGAGCUGAAUGAUAAAAUGAAAGGUUUUUACCGGAGUAAAUACACCACCCCCACCGGAGACACCCGCUACGCUGCUGUCACUCAGUUCGAGGCUACUGAUGCUCGCAGAGCUUUCCCUUGCUGGGAUGAACCUGCUAUUAAGGCAACAUUUGAUAUUUCUUUGGUGGUUCCUAAAGACAGAGUAGCUUUGUCAAAUAUGAACGUGGUGGACAGGAAGCCCUACCCGGACGACGAGAACCUGGUGGAGGUGAAGUUCGCCAGGACCCCGGUGAUGUCCACGUACCUGGUGGCCUUCGUGGUGGGCGAGUACGACUUCGUGGAGGCGCGAUCCCAGGACGGGGUCCUGGUCCGGGUCUACACCCCCGUGGGCAAAGCAGAGCAAGGAAAGUUUGCCUUGGAGGUUGCUGCUAAAACUCUGCCUUUUUAUAAGGACUACUUCAAUGUUCCUUACCCUCUUCCUAAAAUUGAUCUCAUAGCUAUUGCAGACUUUGCUGCUGGUGCCAUGGAGAACUGGGGCCUUGUUACUUAUAGGGAGACAGCUCUGCUCAUUGACCCCAAAAAUUCCUGUUCUUCAUCUCGCCAGUGGGUUGCUCUGGUUGUGGGACAUGAACUGGCUCAUCAGUGGUUUGGAAACCUUGUGACCAUGGAAUGGUGGACCCACCUGUGGCUGAAUGAGGGCUUUGCCUCGUGGAUUGAGUACCUGUGUGUGGAUCACUGCUUCCCAGAGUACGACAUCUGGACCCAGUUUGUCUCUGCCGACUACACACGGGCCCAGGAGCUCGAUGCCUUAGACAACAGCCACCCCAUUGAAGUCAGUGUGGGCCAUCCCUCCGAGGUGGAUGAAAUAUUUGAUGCCAUUUCCUACAGCAAGGGAGCCUCCGUGAUCCGGAUGCUGCACGACUACAUCGGGGAUGAGGAUUUCCGGAAAGGCAUGAAUUUGUACCUGACCAAGUUCCAGCAGAAAAACGCUGCCACAGAGGAUCUCUGGGAAAGCCUGGAAAAAGCCAGUGGCAAACCCAUUGCUGCUGUGAUGAACACGUGGACCAAACAAAUGGGAUUCCCACUCAUUUACGUGGAAGCUGAGCAGCAAGAAGAUGACAGAGUGUUGAAGUUAGUGCAGAAGAAGUUCUGUGCCAGUGGACCAUAUACUGGGGAGGAUUUCCCCAUGUGGAUGGUGCCCAUAAGUAUUUGCACAAGUGAUGACCCCACCUGUGCCAAAAUGCAGAUCCUGAUGGACAAACCAGAGCUCACUGUGGUUUUGAAAGACACCAAACCAGAGCAGUGGGUGAAGCUGAACCUGGGCACGGUGGGGUUCUACCGCACGCAGUACAGCCCGGCCAUGCUGCAGGCUCUCAUCCCGGCCAUCCAGGACCUCUCCCUGCCCCCCGUGGACAGGCUGGGCCUGCAGAACGACCUCUUCUCUCUGGCCCGGGCUGGGAUCAUCAGCACCGUGGAGGUUCUCAAAGUCAUGGAGGCUUUUGUGAACGAGCCCAACUACACGGUGUGGAGCGACCUGAGCUGCAACCUGGGCAUCCUGGCCACCCUCCUGUCCCACACCGACUUCCACGAGGACAUCCAGGCCUUCGUCAGGGACGUCUUCUCCCCCAUCGGGGACAGGCUGGGCUGGGACCCCCGGCCUGGGGAGGGUCACCUAGAUGCCCUUCUGAGGGGUCUGGUCUUGGGAAAACUGGGGAAAGCUGGGCACAAGGCAACGUUAGAAGAGGCCCGACGCCGGUUUAAGGACCACGUGGAAGGAAAACACAUCCUGUCAGCUGACCUGAGGAGUCCUGUCUAUGUGACGGUGCUGAAGCACGGGGACAGCUCCACUUUGGACACCAUGCUGAAGCUCCACAAGCAGGCAGACAUGCAGGAGGAGAAGAACAGAAUUGAACGUGUUCUUGGAGCCAUCUCUCAGCCAGAACUGAUUCAAAAAGUUCUCACCUUUGCACUUUCAGAAGAGGUACGUCCCCAGGACACGGUGUCGGUGAUCGGAGGAGUUGCUGGAGGCAGCAAGCAGGGCAGGAAAGCUGCUUGGAAAUUUGUAAGGGACAACUGGGAGGAACUUUAUAACCGAUACCAAGGGGGAUUCUUAAUAUCCAGACUAAUAAAGCUCACAGUGGAUGGAUUUGCAAAUGAUAAAAUGGCUGCAGAAGUGAAGGCCUUCUUCGAGAGCCACCCCGCGCCGUCGGCGGAGCGCACGGUGCAGCAGUGCUGCGAGAACAUCCUGCUCAACGCGGCCUGGCUCAAGCGGGACGCCGACAACAUCCACCACUUCCUGGCCCAGCGCAGGGGCCCCCCGGCCACCGUCCUCCAAGGACCCAAAGCUGGGAGGGGACAGUGGCCAAGGUGUCAUUUACAGCCUCGAGGAACCCCCCAGUCCUCCUGGGCCAUGAGUGGUAGGUCUUGGGAAGCACAGACUGUGAGUAGAGCCUGUAUAAUCUGAAUAAAAAGCACUAAAGAACUGA